GUCAGUGUCUGAAAGGCAAGAUGGUCCAUCUGUAUGGAGACUCCACCGCCAGGCAGUGGUUUCAUUAUUUGACCAAUACACUACCAGAUCUCAAGGAGUUUAACCUGUACAGAAAGAACAAAUUUGGACCUUUAUUGGCCUUGGAUCUAGCAAACGACAUCAUGGUGACCUUCCGCUGCCACAGUUCUCCUAUCAUCUUUCACACAGUUCCAUUUGCCCAGGUGCGUUACAUUGCCAAUGAAAUAGAUGGAAUAACUGGAGGCACCGACACUGUUGUCGUUGUUUCUGUCUGGGCACAUUUUUGCCCUUUUCCCAUUGAGAUGUACAUCCGGCGGAUGCAGAACAUCCGCAAGGCUGUGGUGCGGCUGCUGGAAAGGGCUCCAGGUACACUGGUCAUCAUCCGGACUGCAAACCUCAGAGAGUUAAACCUUGAUGUGGUAAUGUUUUUCAGCGACUGGUACACACUACAGUUUGACAAGGUGCUCAGAGCCAUGUUCAAAGGACUGAAUGUUCAUCUGGUGCAUGCCUGGGAAAUGAGCCUGGCCCACCAUGUGCCACAUGACAUCCACCCACUGCCUCCUGUUCUUACAAAUAUGAUUGAUGUCAUGUUGUCCUACGUAUGCCCUCAAAAAGAUGGGUAAAAUUGUGUUUGUUGGGCAGUGUAGGGCAAAUUAUUUGAAAACAGCAAUACAGUACACAUUACACAUGAAAAAGGUCAUUAGAUUACUUUACUAAUUACUUGUUACUUUACUUCUCUUACUCUCCCCAGCUACAUCAGCUGCCUUUAAGCAACUCCAAAUCUUCCACACCCCCUCAUCUUGUAUUAACACAUGCAGAAAUAGAAAAUGAGAUGCUGUGGUUAAACAGUGUGGAACGGUUUAUUUAUUUUUUUUAUUUAUUGGAUUUAUUGAUAACUUAGCCUCAGUGACCGCACGAGUCUCUCCAGAAGUCCCGACCUCUGCUGCGUAGUUAUUCCGACCUCUGCUUCAACUCUAAGCAAAGCAUCAUUUAUGUUUCAACCAACUGCUGACUAACUAUAUUUGUUAUAAUAUACUUAUAACCAGGAAUUGUUGAGAGGGCAAUGAAAAUAGGACAGGAUGGAAAACAGCUAUUAGUCACGUUGUUCCUGUGCGUUGCCAAUAGACAUACGUGGUGUUCUUUUUGUUUGUGGCUGCUGUACGUAUCUGACGGUGAUCUUCCCAGCCGUGGGUACCUGACAGCUAGCGCUACACCUGCCAUACCUGGAGUUCUUUGUUUUCUGCUACUCAUCUGCUCGUCCUGGUCUCCUCAGUCAUCUCCACUCUGCCCUUGGUUCAGUAUUAUUCAUUGACUCUUAUGUUGUUACUUUGUGUUCUUUAUUCUAUUAAACCUCCUUUUUUGUACUAGCACCUGGGUCAGCCAUCUUGAGUCCAACUCCAGUUCUCCCUCACCCUCCAGGUGAGGGGGAGUCAACCAUAACAAGUGCUUUUAGUCCCGGUGGUGAAGAAUAAAGCAGGAAAGGUGGGCAGCUCAGAUAAUUAUAGACCCAUUGCACUUGCUAACAUACUAAAGUUGUUUGAAGAAAUUCUCGAGUAGGUUUCAUAAUCUUAUUGGCUCUACUGAUAAUCAAUUUGGGUUUAAAGCCAAUCAUGGCACUGAUAUGUGUAUUUUUGCUUUAAA